UCAGGUUUAGUUCAGUUUAGGUAGCGAAUCGGAGACGUUCUGUGCUGCGCGUUGAUAUAAAAUGGACAAAACUGCGUCUGUCCCGACCGAUUUAAUAUUUUAUACUUAAAAUACAAAAAAACACACAAAAAAUUAUUUUUUAAAAUUCGGCUCAGCCGUGAAAUUCGGUUUAAACGGAAAAUAAAUAAAUAAAUAAAUAGCCAAAAAUUACCAGUGUUCAGAGACACAAUCGGAGGGCGUUGAAAAAUAAGAGAUCGCCCCAGACCAGUGAGAGAUCAGUGAAGAUUCAGUCAGUGAAAUUGUUUCGAAUAUUUUGGAAAAUAUUGAAUAAAAAGCAAAAGAUAAUAGCGAAUUUCAUCAGCUGGAGUAACAGUAAUAACCAAUCGAAGAAGUGACGUUAAACCCACCGAGCAAAUCGAACCAAUUCGAAUCCAUCGAUCGAUCGAUCGCGAUCCGUGUGAAAGGACUUUCGAUUUCGUUCGCGGGCGUGCGAAAAGAAAAGCGAAAAAGCGCCGGAGUAAUUGUGAGUUAAAACUUUGCGGAAAAACAACAACAAUACAGCAGCCGGAGCAGCAGCAUCGUUAUCAUCAUCAUCAUCAUCGGCAUCGGCAGCAGCAGCAGCAGCAGCAUCCUGAAGAAGCAACAACUUCUGUCUGCACCGCGCAGAUAUAUAAAACAAAAACGAUCGCGCGUGCUAUAGUGUGUGUGUGCCUCCAAUAUACACGUAAUAUAUAAUACACGAUAUAUAGUAUAUAUCUAGAGCCGACUGUUGCGACGACUUUUCUAUAUAAAAUACACGCACACCGUGGCAGAUGUGCGCAUACAUAUAUAUCUAGCCAAAGUAGAAGAUAUAUAUAUAUAUAUGAGAUAUAUAUACGCGGCGCACUCUGCUCUGUUUUUUCUUUUAUAAUUACUUUUGUCUAAAAUUAGAAGACGUGUGUGCUGCGUGUGUGUGUACCGUGGCCGUGUCCGUGUGUCCGUAUCCGAGAGAUACGUGUGAGUGUCCGUGUCUGCUAUAUCGCUAUAUCGCACAUCAUCAUCACCAUCAUCAUCGUCAUCAGAGAUCAGAGACGAUCCGUAGUAUCCGCGGUGUGUGAGUGAGUGAGUGUGUGCCAGAAAACACUCGUACUCGUCGUCGCCAGUGAAUCAGACUACGGCUGCGACUACGACUACGACUACGGCUAUAUAGUCGGCAGAUCGCGUAUACGGCCAGGCCAGACAAACAUUAUCGUAUAUCUCUGCCUGGCGAGGAUUACAAUUACAACAGCAGCGGCAGCAGCAGCAGCAGCAGCAGCAGCAGCAAAGGCGGCAACAACACGCACCCGACCGAUCGUCAGCCGAGGCUAGAGCCGAUUCCGAGUCCGCAUCCGAAGAUUCCCGAGAGCACGGAAAAGCAAACCGAACCGAACCGAACGAAAGAUCGCGCGCGCGUGAAAAACGUCGCGAAAGAAAAACGCUCCGGAAAAAGUGGGGGAAGAAAAAUCAAACGCCACGCGACCUUAGGCCCGUCCGAAUUUUCUUUUGGGGCGUGCAGCGGGGCGUGGUCGUGCGUGAAACGCAGCGAAUUUAGUGAAAGAUAACAACAAAGAUGAGUCACCACCAAGAGCAGCAACAGCAGCAGAAGCUACAACAGCCAUUGCAGCAGCAGCCAGAGUGUUAAAAUCAAUUAAUGCUAGACAUACAGUGCGCGAAAAUAGACCUCUUUCUCUCUCGAUCCCUGCUGUCGCUCAAAAUGCUACGAAACUAUCGAAAGUAUUUGCAGGAUAAACGAAAAUACGACAAGGCACAACGACGUGGCAGCGACUACGAUAUUUGUCACCAUUAAACCAAUAAAGGACAACCCAGCAGCAGCAAUACGCAGCAGCAACACGCAGCAGCAGCAGCAGCAGCGGCAACCAUUACUCGUAGAACCGAGAGAUUUUGUAAAUAAAGUCGGGGCAAUAGCAGCAACAACUUUGGAGGACGCCAUGUAUGCGCAACAUUUGCGCAAAUGGAGUCUGAAAACAAAAAAGCAACGAAUGCCAUUGAUAUUGCUAAUUAUCAGCUACAUGUUGCUACUGAUCACAGGUGUGUCGGCCGCUGCGACGGCGGUGCAGCAGCAGCGGCAGCUACCAGCAGCGCGAUUAUUAUGGGAAGGCAGUGCCGAAGAAAGCAGCUACUAUAUACCACUGAGUUCGGAUAAUGAUGGCGGUAGCAUCAGCGGUAGCAGCAGCAGCAGCAGCAGUGAAAGCGGUAGCAACAUCGACAGCAACAGCAACAAUAUCUUAAGUAGGCUGCUCAGCCGCACCAGCAAUAGUCUUAGUAGCCGUAGCAAUCUUAAGUUAGAGCCAGCCACAGUAUUCGAUGCCGGCAGCAGUGCAGCCAAUCAGCAGCAACAGCAGCAACAGGAGCCACUUCAGCAACAUGUUGCUGCCGUGCCACAGAAAAAAGUUCCAAAUACGUUAAUCAUUAGUCAAAUAUAUAAUAAUUUAUUAUACAAUGGCCUGCCCAGCGAGGCGGCGCCGGCGACAAGCAGUAAGAUGCGUCGUCACAUACAGCCCGCGCAGCUACCAGCUCCUGUUAGCAGCUUCUCGCAUCCUGCGAGCAACUACAGCCGGCGAGCGCUGCAGAGAUACUACAUCGAGUCCUUCGAAAUCCCGGAGGAGCAGCAGGAACAGAUUGAGCGCAAUCCUGAGCAGGCAGCGCGCAGCCGGCGGGAUGGGCAGAACCAGCGUCGCCCCAAUGGCCACCGGAAGGAGCUGCAGGCGGAGAAGCGGGAGAAUCGCCGUCUAAGGCAGCAGCAAAGGAAGGAGCAGCGCCCGAACAGGCACCAGGAGCCACAGCGACGGAAGCACCAGCGAAAGCACCGGGGUCGCCAGCGAUCGGAUCGCUACUGCUCGGCCCGGGAUCCUGCUCAGCUGGCCUAUGCGGCGCCCACCGUCUUUAAGGGCGUCUUCAAGUCGAUGUCCGCCGACCGGCGGCUCAACUUCUCGGCCUCGAUGAAGGUCGUGGAGGUGUACAAGCAGCAGCGAGGCCUCCAGCUGCCGACGCUCGUCAGGCUGCAGUUCACCGUGCGCAACAAUAGCGGCGAAUGCGACAUCUACAGGGAGAAGCUGCGUCCGCGUGGAGUGCUCCGCUCCGGCAAUGAUCUGCAGCAGGCCACCAGUAUAGAGUACGUGGUCUUUGCCCAGCAGACGAACCCGGGCAACUUCACCAUUCUCGGCCAGCCCAUGCGGGCCUCGCACUCGGUGAUGGAAGCGGUCAAAACGGCUGUGAGCGACAAUUAUGCACAGAACGCAUCGAUCAUAUCGAUCACCGCGGUGCCGAGCAACACGACCAUCGAGCACGGCCGGGAACUGAAGAUCGUCUGCCGGGUGUCCGGACAGCCGCCGCCGAAGGUUACCUGGUUCAAGGACGACAAGUCCAUUAAUCGCAAGCGCAACGUUUACCAAUUCAAGCAUCACAAAAGACGUUCCGAGCUGAUCGUGCGCUCCUUCAAUAGUUCCUCCGAUGCGGGCAAGUACGAGUGCCGGGCGAAGAACAAAGCCAGCAAGGCGAUCAUCAGGCGCCGCAUCAUGAUCAACUCCUCUCCAGUACCCUUUCGGCCGGACCAGGACACCGACGUUCCCUGCCCCUUCACCGAUUUCUGCUUCCAUGGAGGCACCUGCAGGAUGAUCAAGGAUAUGAACCUGUUCUACUGCCGUUGCCAAGGCGGAUACGUCGGCGAACGUUGCGAGAACAUUGGGCCCGACAGUACGUACAGCAAUAGUAAUCCCGAACCACCUUGCACACGUUUUCAAGGAGGUUAUUACUGCUAAAAUAGGCACUUCUAUAGCAUCGAUUGUUUUACGUCGAGUCAAUCGCGAGUUAUCCGCAAAACCGAUACCGAAACUUGAAAUCAAAUUAAACAAACCGAACUCAGUGCCCAUACCAAAACAAUGAAUAAAUCAUAAAGUAUAAAAUAAUAACUCAGCAGAUCUACAAUCAAAGUAAAGUAGAGAAAAAGGCAACCAACGGAAUUCCCAUUCCCACUUGCACAUUUCACCAAUAUCCUUUCAAUUACAGAAGAAGCUUUCUAAAAAUUAAAACGCUGAAUAAAAGAAAGUGAAAUAAACCAAAUAUAGUUGAUAAAGCGAAACACACACACUACACACACUAUUACACAGACAGAAAGUACAAAUACAGUAUGCAGAAUUGGACCUUAAAUUAAAUGAAACAUGAAAAUCCUACCCUCCCAACCUCCUACCCACUCCACACUCCAUCAUACCCAGUCACUUUGAAAACGGCGAACUACAAGUUUUAUUAGAGAUCACAUUCCAAAAAGAAACAAAGUAAGGUCUUACAAACAACAACAACAACAACAAAGAGUAAACAAAUCAAAAGAUAAAUAAAUAACUAACAAAGUUUUUCGUAAUACCUAAUAAUAUUUAUUAUGCUAAACUAAAAGCGUUUUAAGAGCAAUCAAAAGCAAAACGAAAACGACAAGAGUAACGAGAAUAAUCAAAUAAAUACGAAUAAAAACAAAGGGUGCUAUAGAAGGUUUAUUUUAAAUAGUGUUUACAUAGGAACUUAAUUUAAUUUCAAACUCACUCAUCACACACAACUACACACGCCUACACCAACCAGUAAAUGUAUAAAAGAAAACAGCAAAACAAAACAAAAUUAUUAAGCAACGUGGACGGACGGACAAGGGACUCGCGGACAAACGGACAGCGGACACCGGACAAGGGACUACCUAUCCCCCCCACUAAAGUACUGAGAAACUUGUAAACUUGUCGAAUCGUUCAAUUGGCUCUCAGCCCACGUUUACUCACCUCACACACGCGCAUUACAAUGUCAAUAUGAAUAUCAACGAUUAAUAACGAUAACCAAUCAACAGAGGCUCUCUUAAGUUAGUUACACGAAUACACACUCACACACACGCAUCAAGAAGCAAGCAGCAAAAAUUUGCAACAAAUGGCGACUUGGCCACACUGAAAACCACACUCACCCAGAAAAAGCAAUGUACUGACUCCACCAAUUGAAACGGGAACUGAAUUUUGUUUUGUUUUCGAUCUAAUUUUUGUAGUUUGCGAAUAAUAAAAAACGAACAACAUUAAAAACAACUUUCCAAACGAAUAACAACCAAUAUAAUACAUUUAUGAUUUGCAAUUAAUUUUAGUUCGUACUCGUUAUUAGACAUUAACACUUGGCUGUAGAUUUUGACAAUCCACAAAAAAGUACCCAAUUCGAAUCAAACAAAAACAACCAACAAUUUCAUUUUGCUCCCUUGUUUACUUUUAUUUGGUGAUUGUUGUUUUUUUUUUUCGUAUUUUUUCUUUUGACUAAUCUCCUGCGUUUCCUGCGAUUUGGGUAACUCUGUUCACUUAUUACUUCCUUAGUCUUGUGCUCGUCUCCUUCUCAAACAACAAAUUCCACAGCAAAGAGAAAUCUUGAGCUGAAGACCUUAUCUUUACCAUCCUUUGCAUGUUGGAAUUCUAUCUUUCGAGAGCGCAAUUUAAUGCUUGUAGUUGCCCCCUAUUUGUGGAAAUGGUUUUAGCCAGCUUUUAGUUGAAAGUAAAUGAAAAUCAAACGAGAAAAUAAACUGGAAGAUUAAUUUUUAAUUUUAUUUAUAAUUUAAUCUCUUCACAGAUAUUUUGUUGCAAUCUACGGCCAAAUACAUACCUUAAAUAACGACUAUUAAUGCAUAGAAUUUUGUUUUAUUAUUUUUAUGAUUUUUAUAAACAAAACAAAAAAAAAAAGAAAAAAGAAAACAUAAGAUCGAUUGAUUCCCCUGCACUCCAAGAACGGCGACAAUUGUAAUUUUUUACUGUAUUUAAAAAAUUAGAGAAUUCGUUGCACCGGCAGACCAAGCCCAAUCCCAUCACCGUUCUACAGAUCAGUUGAAAACUACAAAAACAUAUCCGAAACGAAACGAAACUGAACCGAAAACCGAAAACAUUUCAAAAUUCCGUAGAGUUCCCAGAGUUCCUUCUUCCCCAAAAAGCGAUAAGUUCCAGAUCCAGACUGACUUUAGCUACGUUUGAAUAUUUUAAAUAUGAAACCUAAACUGAAUUUUUAUUAAAUUAAUUGUACGAAUGGAAAACUAUCGAAAAUAUUGAAGUUUACUGUUUGAAAGCAUUAUCGAUUCGACCCUGACACUGACACUGUUGCGCUUUUGUUGUUGUACCAUAGACAUAUACAUAUACAUAUACAUAUAUAUACUUAUAUAAUGAGAACAAAGGUUGACACGUAGCCGAGAACUUUGUAAUAAAUCCUGUAAAUAUCUCUCGUUUUAACUAACGUUAAGUUUUGUGUACAUUUCAAACUAAGUUAAUGCAGCCCUUCUUUAACCAUAAUUUAUUGUAUUUAAUUACACUUAAAUUAAACGUAACUUUAGCCUUAAGACCAAACACACACACACACACACAACUUAAACACACACACACACUAUAAAGCUACUUAAUUUCGAAAUACUAUUUUAUUUGUCCUCGUUUAUGAUUUGCGCUAAAACAAAAAAAGAAACAAUGUAAAAUGCAAAUUUAGUUAUUUUUUUCGCAAUGUGUAUGUUGACAUCAGUUUGUAUGGCGAAGAGAUUAUUUUUAGUUAUCUUUUAAGUGGCAAAUUUUUUAUAUAUUUAAUUAUUGAAAGAUUUAUACCAAAAAUACCAUGUAAAGUUUAAUAUUAAUUUAAAACAAAAACCAUUAAACC